AUGCUCCUGCGCCACGCCUUCUCUCGGCUGCGCUCCACCCAGGUGGCGGUGGUUCACUGCAGCGCCCAGACGUCAUCCCGCCAUGUGCUGCAGAAGCUCGGUCAGACCUGCAUGUUGCUCAGCUCGAACACGGGCCGAGUCUUUAGACCAAAAGACUGUGAAAACCUCGUGCUCUACCUAAAAGACAUCAACCUACCCAAACCUGACAAAUGGGGGACCAGCAACCUCACUGCCUUCCUGCAGCAGGUCUUGACGUAUAAAGGAUUCUAUGAUGAGAAUCUGGAGUGGGUUAGUCUUGAGAACAUCCAGGUGGUGGCCUCCAUGUCAACAGGGGGAGCUGUAGGCAGCCACUCCCUCACCUCCCGCUUCUCAUCUAUAGUUCGCAUUGGCACUAUAGACUAUCCAGACAGGGAGCAGCUGCAGACUAUCUACUCUGCGUACCUGCAGCCAGUUCUCCAGCACAGCCUGGGCAGCCAGGCAUCGUGGGCCAGCACCGGGAAAACACACCAGCUGGCUGGGUCUCUGGUGCAGCUCUAUGAACAGGUGAAAGCCAAGUUUACAGUAGAUGACCACAGCCACUACCUGUUUACCCCCUGUAUCCUCACAGAGUGGGUCCUCAGCCUGCUGCGAUAUGACCUCACUGCAGGUAACCAAACACACACGCACCACAUUCAUUU